GUGGUUCAGUUGGCUACGGCAGCUCGACUGAUUCACGUCGCGUAUUCGGCUCAAAUAACUGUAUAAUUAUUAUAAUUCUCGAAUUUUUGCGCGCCUUUGCAUACGAGUUCCAGAAUUUCAUAUUUGGUUAUAGCAUAUUCGGAACAAAAAAAUAAAUAACAUAGGAGUGACUGAAAAGCUCUGGAGUUUCCCAACUCUACUAGACUAAGUAGCUAGCAAUUAUCAGUCUCCAAACAGUUGCUGCGAAACUCAAGCCGUCAACAUGUCGCAACAGUGGUUCUCAAACUGUGCCAGGCAUGUCAUUUAUUUGGCGGGAUUCUUGCUCUUUGCCGUUCACCUGGCAAAUGCCUCCAGCCAGAUCGAUGUUGACGCAGAUCUUAGGCACAUGCUGGGCCGUUGCCAUACGACAGACGAGGAUUUCAACGAGUGCAUGCGGCAGGUGUUCAACGAUCUGAGGGCCUACUUUACUACAGGUGUGCCCGACUACAACAUAAAGCCCUUUGACCCGCAUCACUGUACCUAUGUUGAGCUGCGGCGAGGUGACUCCCAUGGCCUAGGCAGCUUUCGGCUCAUCUUGCGCAAUGUCUCCGAAUUUGGAUGGGCGCGAUCCGAGGUGACCAAGUUCCAUGCCGAUCCCGAGGACAGGCGUAUUGUCUACACUCAGUAUUUCCCGGAGAAAAGUCUAGAAGGAGAGUACGAGUUCGCCGCCAAGAUGCUGGGCACGGAUAUGAACCGAAAGGGCCACUGGAACCUAACCCUCUACGACUACAGUCAAACCACUAGCGUGCGACGCAUCGGGGACCCGGGCUCUCUGAUCAAGGUCCACGUCGAGGUGGAUCGCAUCGGCGGAAUGGAGCUGCACAUUGAGAAUCUGCUACAGGGUCAGCCACUCAACCAACUGGCCGAUGGCGUUAUCAACAGCAUGUGGCAGCUGGGACUGCCGUUCAUCAAGCCGAUGAUUAAUGAGUUGGUCAGCACAGCAUUUACGGACAUUUUCAACGAGUCCUUCCGAUAUUUUCCACUCGAGAAGUUCCUCGCCACGUGACCUCAUCUAGUUGAUCGUAUU